AUGCAUCUGGUCUGUGCAGGAGUGCCCGGUGCCCCAGCUGCCCCCGGUGCCCCAGGCGCCCCUGGAAGACCAGGCACCCCCGGCAGACCUGGCACCCCCGGUGCAUCAGGUGUCCCCGGCCUUGGCAUACCAGGUGUGCCCGGCACACCAGGUUUGCCCGGUGCACCAGGUGUCCCUGGCCUUGGCACACCAGGUGUGCCCGGCACACCAGGUGUGCCCGGUACACCAGGUACCCCCGGCACACCAGGCACCCCCGGCUCCCCGGGUAUCCCUGGCAUCCCUGGCACGCCAGGCUCCCCUGGCUCUCCAGGUGCCCCCGGUGCGCCUGGCAGCCCCGGCAGCCCCGGCACCCCUGGGACACCAGGUGCCCCCGGCACACCUGGCACCCCUGGUACACCAGGUGCUCCUGGUGGCCCCGGUGCACUGGGUGCCCCACCUCCGCCGCCUCCACCACCACCGCCGCCACCAAACGUGGCCACAUCUCCGCAGUCAUUCCCUGUCGGCACACGGGUUCACUUUGCUGACAACCUGGGCCAGUUCACACAAGGGUACGCGGAGAAGAAGGGCGCUGUGGUGACUGAGCACGGCAGGCUGGUGCCGGUGAACAAUGGCUGGGAGGCGGUGCUGGUGAAGGAGGGCUCCUACACCUAUACCAGCCCCGAGGGCAAGCAGGUGUCGCUGAGCUACGUGGCCGACGAGACGGGCUUCCACCCCGUGGGAGACCACCUGCCCGUGCCGCCCACGCCCGUCACGCCCUCCUUCGUCUAG